GGUACUAUGGAAAGAGAUGUUUUCUGAGCUGUUUCCUUUCUUUCUUUAUGGCUGAUUUGUUGUGUAUUGUAGGAGAGAAACAAGAAUCAUGUUUGCACUGAUGAAUCUAAUGAACGUUGCUCCUCCACAGCGAGCUCAUUCAUACCUGGUGAGCAAAGGACAGUCCAGCUCCAACCUGAGGCUGUUCAAGAAUCAGCUCAACCUGAUCUGGUUCCACCUCUACUACAGACAGAGAAACGCAGGCCUUGACUCCUGUGGAUUUGAACACGUCUUUGUUGGAGAGACAAAAGCUGGACCAGAAAUCAUCGGUUUUCACAACUGGGUCCAGUUCUACCUGCAAGAAAAGAACACGCACUUGGACUACAAAGGGUACAAGGCCAGGGAGCAGGACUUGCCCGAUCACGACGACCACGUCCUGAACCUCCAGUUCAGCUGGCACGGCGUGGUGAAGCCCGUCGGCAGCGCCUUCAUCGGGACCAGCCCUGAGUUUGAGAUGGCCCUGUUCACCAUCGUCUUCCUCAUCAACACGGAGAGAAGCACCACGGUGCUGGUCAACAUCGACCAGUGUCAGAUGGAGCUGGUGGUCAUCAGACAUGGACGCUCCCUGGGGACGGCGUACCCCAAACUGCUCAGCAGCAACAGCAGACAUGUCAGGCAGCGGUCGCACUGAUGUGGAGGAUCUAGAUGUGUCUCUGUUUUCAUUUGUGAUUCAAAAUGAUAGCAUGUAGGCAUAUAUCUGUCUGUAGAAGAUGCUUUUAAAGUCAAAUAUUUGGUGUCUUGUGCUAGUUUUUUGGGGGAAAAGAUGUUCUUCCUAACUUUUAAAAAACCUUUAAAUCACUUCUUUGCAGAUGGUGCAAAGAGUUAAGUUGUGAGGAUGUUGAGGAAAUGCAUAAAAGUAGCACAAACACAUUGAUGAACUGCUCCAUUAUGUUGUUUUAUCCUGAAUAACUGGCCCUAAAUUGUUCUCAUGCAUAAAAAAAAUAAAGGUCGUAUUUGUGAGGAACGA